AUGAAGCAGCAGAAUUGGAUUGCGGCCGUGUUUUGUGCUGCCUGGCAGCAGGAGCUUAAUCGAAGUAGUGGGUCAGUAUCUAGAUCGUUUGACUGUCUGGUGGCUGAGCAGGGCUGCAUCCAGGAGCAGUCAUGCAUGGGCAUCUAUCGACUGCUGGAGUAUUGUGCUGCUGAGGAGGCUGUGUCGCCCCUCGGUCCAGAUGCCAGGCUGGAGUGCCUGGAGGCCCAGAACUCCCUUCAGCAUUAUCGACCCUUUCAAGUUUGCAAGUGUCAGCGUGGCUCUCGGAGGGAGGAGCCCUGCCUCAGGGUCUACUGGACGGUGAGAUUUGCAGCAUAUGAUGAGUAUGAGGUGUCUCCGUACGAGGAGCUGGAGUUCAGUCUGGUGAGAAACAUAGAGAUGUCACGCAUGGCCUCCAUCAAGGCAGCUUCCUCUCUGACUGUGGACGGCCAAAACCAGUGUCUGAAGGCCGCUCAGGACUGCGGCCUGUAUGAGAAAUGUGGCUCCCUGCGGUCGGAAUAUGUUGUAGCCUGCACCAAGCCAGCCACAGCCACCGACAGCAGCUGUAACCGCCAGAAAUGCCACAAAGCUCUGCGGCGUUUCCUGGAGCGUGUGCCAGAAGAGUACAGCUUUGCUGUGCUCUUCUGUCCCUGCUCUGACACCCUGUGUGGGGAGCGCCGCAGGAAAACCAUUGUCCCAUCAUGCUCCUAUGAGGAGAAUGUGAGAGGGGAGGAAAGAGUGGGCAAGCCCAACUGCUUAAGUCUACAAAACUACUGCUCCAGAGAUGAGCUGUGUAGAUCCCGCUUUGCUGAUUUUCAACACAACUGCCAGCCCUCCACUCUUUCAGCCUCAGGCUGUAUGCGUGACAGUAGAGCCAUGUGCCUGAAAGCCUACACUGGACUCAUAGGGACCAUCAUGACUCCCAACUAUGUGAGCAACAGCAGCACUGAAGUGUCUCAGUGGUGCUCAUGUGAAGGCAGUGGGAAUGACCUGCAGGGCUGUCAGCGCAUCCUGCAUAUGUUCAACAACAACAUCUGUCUACGCAAUGCCAUCAACUCCAUGGGAAUCUCUGCCCAUCCUCCGGUGGAACACACUCCCGUGCCAGUUUCUCAGCCACCGCCACACAUUCACCAGGAGAAAGUCCAUGUCAGUGUUAACACCUUCCCUGAGUUUAACAGCAUGGAGGACAGUGAGGAGGAGGAGGUGGAGGAACAAGAAGAGGAAGCAAGCAAGGAAUUCAAUGUCAUCCCACCAUAUUCUGAGAAGGACUCCAAGACUGAAUCGGGUGCCAGGGGGAGUCCGCGGGGAGCAGCUAGCCAAGCAGUACCUGCUUUGCCAUCAUUGCUUCUGCCAAUUCUCAUCCUGAGCUGGAAGUGUCAGAGCCUCUGAAAACCCCAGUCUUAUUUGAAUCUUGCAUUUCACACUCACUGCUGCUGUCAAAUCCAUCCCAGAAGAAAUGUAAAUGCUUACAGCGCUUUCUUUCACGCCCAGCCUUUUAAAAAAAAAAGAAAUCCCAACUUGAUUAAUUCAGUUCUUCCUCUUGAGCCUCCUCAAGUUCAACAUGAUAUUCAUCAUCUUGCAGUGUCUUUGCUCCAGUCAUCUUCCAUGAGUGGAAGAGAGCCACAUGAGCAGAUAUAUGAGUGCAUGAAUGAAUUGAGAAGUGCUGUCUGGGCAAAUUCUCUAACUGGAGCUUGCUUCACACUCAAAGUACAUCCCCUCUUUUAUAAAGAAUCACAUCGCCCAAGGCUGCAUACACUAUACAUGACUCCAAAAACCAUAGCCAGUCUACUUCACUGCAACUGGGCACAAGUACAGCUUUUGAUUUCUAUUUCAUGACUCAUGUCACAUCCGUUUCACUUCUGCCCCUUCGGCUCUUCCUCUCCCUCCGUCAUGCUGUAGUCGAGCAAGAUAAUCCACUUUAUGACAAGCUAAUAAGAAAGUGAGCCGCACUUGCUUUGUAAAAUUAAAAAGGAAAUACGUAGUGAAAUUGUUUCUUUCACUGAGGGAUGAGAUGCAAAUCAGAGUGCCGUCACAUUUAUGUGGUCCUUCUCACUUGGAGAACCAACAGCCAGUCACUCUGCUUGCUUUAUUUAGUUAACACACCACUAAGUAUUAAUUCAACCAAAGCAAGUGACUGAGAACUCAACCGCAGGCAAAAUUAAUGAGAUCAAAUUCCAAAGUAUAAAUGAUGUGGAGAGAAAAGCUACAUGAGCAAUUCAAAUUGCACUGCAUGCAGGUGAGGUCUGAAAUAAAGCUCACGGGAGAAAAAGGCAAUUUACUGCUGUCAUACUCUCACUUUUCUAUCCUUAGGAAAUCUGUUUUUAGUGCUAGUUCUCCAUGUACUUUUCAAUGGUGUGAGAGUGAGAUGCGGCGGCAGGGACGGACACAGGGGGCUGUAGAGCCUGCUGUCUUCUCUGAUCAUUGAGCAGCACAUUGAGCCAUUCUCUCUGCCUGAAAUAUCUUUUGCUGAUGUUAAUGGUUUUUCCUCUUAUGGCUCAUUUUCCUGUGAAAUUAAGGAGCUGCAGGGAUGGAGGUAAAGAAAAGUACAGGGAAGUUUUUGCAGAGGGAUAAACUUGUCUAAUCUUUUAAAUUGUGGCCAAGAUAUAACCAGCCUGCGCUCUGCAUUGAAAAGUUGUUUUUCUAAUGCCUCAUAUAGUGGUUUUAUUGUGAUUAUAUUGUGGUCCUUGCUUUUUCAAGUCAUUGUAUAUAGUGCUGUAGCUGAACUGGGAACUCUUUACUAUAUUGUAUUGUUUGGGUAUAAUUGGGAAACAUUUAGCCCAGAGCAUUUUAAAACCAUUGUUGAACUUGUUUUCAUGAGAUCAUGACUUUGAAAUGUAUACAGAUUGGUACAUGAGGGUAGAAAUGCAUUGGAAGCAUAUGAUCCCUUUUGCUCUGACUGGCAGACCUACCCUACUUCCUAUUUUACACAAGUAUAGGUUGGACUUUGAUUGUGACUUUGGUUGUGAGGCUGAGAUAUGCAGCUGUUGCAUACUUCAAGGUAAAAUGACAUCAUGCAUGUUUUUUUAUUACUUCAGAGAAGCAAGUGGAUGAGGAGAAAUCCCAUUGGAAAGUUUUGAAGUAUGACAGCAUGUUUGGUUGGUGCUGGGAGAGAAAAUCAUUUUUGAACAGAUUAACCGAAGGAAAAUGUCUGUCUGGAAGACCAACUGGUAUUCAUAUGUGUCAAUCCAACCGUGGAAGAGAUAUGUUGCCAUUCUCAAAGAAUAAGCAAACAAACAAAAACUCAGCCCAUCACAGCAUUAUGGUGCAAUGAAAGGGGUGAUGCAGUGAGUUAAGUGAGUUAUCAAGAGAACAGCAUCCGGUAACAAGUGUCAGCUGCUGCAUCCACUGUGCUCUGGCCUUAAUUAAUUCAUUUGAGUUUACAUGUAUUUUCUCACCUUGGUAUGUUUGUUUAUAGUGUAAACUAUGUAAAGUAAACAUUUACAUGAAUCUUUGCUUUUUAUUAUGUGAGUGUAAAAAAAAAGAAAGAAUAUCCAUCCAUAAGCCAAAACCUUAAAGGAAACAUAUGAACAUUUCCUACGUCAGACAGUUUGAAUCAUUAAAGUGGUGAGACUAUGUACAGAAUUGUUUCAUGUGCCAACUUUCCUGUAAAAACAUAUCAAACAUGCCAAAUGAUUCUGAAUAUAAUGUGUACUAUCUGUGUAAUGUUGUGCCAUAACAGUGAGUAUGACACUUUGAUUAGAAUAAAAGACCCAUUCGAAA